AUGACAGUGGCGAGGUUCUGCAAUAGGCUUCAUGGGAUGAAGCCAACCAUGAUGAUGGUAAUGGUUCAAGUAGCACUGGCGGGAGUGAAUAUAUUCUACAAAUUGGCAGCAAAUGAUGGAAUGAGUAUGAGGAUCAUGGUUGCCUACAGGUUUAUGUUCGCCGCUGCUGCGGUUGUUCCUCUUGCCCUCUACUUCGAAAGGAAUAGCAGGCCGAAAUUAACGUGGAUGGUUCUUUUCGAAGCAUUUCUUUGUGCAUUUUUCGGGGGAUCAUUGGCCCAAAAUUUGUAUGGACAAAGCAUAAUAAUGACGUCAGCGACCUUUGCUUCAGCAACCACGAAUCUGAUUCCGGCGCUAACGUUCAUCAUAGCUGUAUUUUUCCGGUUGGAGAAGUUCGAACUGAAAACCAAGGCGGGCAAAGCAAAAGUGACAGGAACAUUAAUAUGUUUAGGUGGGGCAAUGUUGCUUACGUUUUACAAAGGAGCUGAAAUCAAUCUGUGGUCAACCCACCUUGGACUUCUGCACGAGAACAACCGCCUUCACGCUGGACACUUGGCAGCGUCCCAUCAAAAUUCCAGGAAUCACAUUCUAGGUCCACUUCUUGCAAUAUCUAGCUCUUUCUCUGCUGCACUGUCUUUGAUUUUUCAGGCUAAAAUGAGUGAGAGGUACCCUUGCCAUUAUUCGAGCACAGCUCUAAUUUGCUUAAUGGGAUCUCUGCAAACUGUAAUUUUUGCGCUUUGUGUGGAAAAUAACCGCUGGAGUGAGUGGAAAUUGGGUUGGAACAUCAGACUCCUCGCAGUAUCCUACUCGGGUACAGUGGCUUCAGGAAUAAUGAUAACAGUUACAAUGUGGUGUGUAAGGAUGAGAGGCCCUUUAUUUGUGUCCGUGUUUAGCCCUCUUAUGCUUAUACUCGUCGCGAUAGCAGGCUCCUUAUUCCUCGACGAGAAGUUGCACCUGGGAAGUGUGCUGGGAGCAUUUGUAAUAAUCGUUGGCUUGUACUCGGUGCUAUGGGGGAAAGGCAAAGAGAUGAAAAGAAUCAGCCAGUUGAUGCCAACUUGCGAAAAAACUGAUGAGCAAAUUGAGAUGACUGCCGAGCCGGACAAAAAUGCAAAGAGUUGCAGUAUGAUGGCUUGGGGUUAG